AUGCAUUCAAUUCGCCGAUGUGCUCCGUUUCAUGGCUUAGGCCUUCAAUGUGCAGGAUUCCGACCCGCUUCACGCGUUCCAACACAACUCACCCGACUAACCACACAGCCCAUCCGAAAGAGUAGCUCUGCAUCGCCCGCGAAGGCCUUGCAGGAGCGGGUGCAGCAGAUCAGAGAUGCUUGCCCAGACCCAUAUCCUCGUUUAGCAGUGGACCAACGCAUACUGAGCUGCGCCGAGUUCCGCUCUCGGUAUAAUGAGCUCGCCGACAAUGAUACAGUAGAAGAUACCGUUGUCGUCUCUGGUAGGAUACGUACCUAUAGACUCGCGGGAAGCAAAUUGAUCUUCUUCGACAUCGUGCAAGACGGCCAUAAACUUCAAGUGAUGUGCAACAAGCGUCAAUUGGAGAGUAUUCCUCCCGCGGAGUUCAAGAAGUUCUAUCGUCUUCUACGCCGCGGUGAUGCCUACUCUAUAAUCGGUAAACCACACCGCACGGGGCGAGGCGAGCUCACCAUUGAUGUGAAGGAGCUGCCGCAGCUGUUGUCGCCAUGUCUGCAUGAUAUUCCUGUUCACGACACAGAGCACAAUGCCGACGAUAAGGUCUCGCCGUAUCCUCGCCACGUUCAGUUCCUGGCCGACCCUACGGCCGCGGAUAUCAUCCGGGCUCGCUCGACAAUGACACAAUAUCUGCGCCAGUUCUUGGUCGAUAGGAACUUUAUGGAAGUCAACACCCCUAUUGUCGGUGCUGUAGCAGGCGGUGCGAUUGCUCGUCCUUUUUACACAACUGCCACCGAGUUCUCGAACCGUCAGCUAUCUCUGAGAAUCGCCCCAGAACUAUGGCUCAAGAGGCUGGUUGUUGGUGGAUUCGAUAAAGUGUUUGAGAUUGGCCCGUCGUUCCGCAAUGAAGGCCUAGACAAAACCCAUAACCCAGAAUUCACCACCUGUGAAUUCUAUCAGGCAUAUGCCAACCUCGAAAACCUGAUGAUUAUGACCGAAGACUUCCUCUCCGGCAUAGUAUCUCACAUCCGGAGCUCCAACGCAAGCACCGGUACCCUGAACCCCACAUCUGCAGAUUUUACUGCGCCGUUCCGUCGAAUCGAUUUCAUUCUCGGAAUCGAAGAAGGCAUAGAUCGCAAACUGCCAGACCUGGAGUCCCCAGAAGCCCUCGACAAAGUGCUCCAGAUCUUUUCCGACCUCUCUCUCACCCUCCCCAAGAAUCCCACUUUACCACGUCUCCUAGAUGAGCUAUGCAGCAUCUACGUCGAGCCGUUAUGCAGAGACCCGACCUUCAUCAUCAACCCACCAGAGUGUCUGUCCCCACUCUCCAAAUCAUUCACACACCCAACGACCAAGCAACGCGUCGCUGCACGCGGCGAGCUCUUUGUUGAAGGCAAAGAAUUGGUGAACAUGUACGAGGAGGAAAACUCGCCCUUCGAGCAGCGUCGCAAAUUCGAGGAUCAGCUACGAUUCAGUAAGGACGCAGGUGAGCCUGGCGAGAUUGACGAGAGUUAUCUCGAGGCCCUUGAAUGGGGUCUGCCAUCUACCGGUGGAUGGGGUUGUGGUAUUGAUCGUCUUUGCAUGCUGCUGACAGGCGCUAAGCGCAUUGGCGACGUCUUACCCUUUGGCAGCCUGAGGUCUGUUACCAGAAGGCAUGGGAACAGCGAGUGA